UACUAAUAAAUUUCUUAGUAUUCAUUGUUACAAUUUAUUUUCUUCCCAAUUUGAGUACGUGUUCCAUGAGAAACAGUAAAUCAGUAUUAUUCCCAAACUCGAAUCCAAAAUCCCUUCCAAAAUCGGCGACGAGAUCCAAUCGUAUCGAAGAAGAUGCAGUAAAUUUGUUCAAUCAACUCAUGAGUAAGAAGCCUCUCCCUUUUUUACUAACACUAGAAUUCAACAAACUUUUAACUGAAAUUGUUAAAAUUAAACGUUAUGCCACCGCCAUUUCAUUAAUCAAUCAAUUAUAUUUCAUUAGUCGAAUAUCAGUCGAUGCCAUUUCAUUAAACAUUGCUAUUAACUGUUUUUCUCAUUUAAAACGUAUCGAUUUAGGUUUCGCAGUUUUCGGUUGUAUAGUUAAACAAGGCCAUAAGCCAUUAGUUUCCACUUACAAUACUUUGUUAAAAGGACUAGUUUUAGAUGAUAGGUUUGUUGAGGCUGAGGUGUUUUUUAAGAAGUUGAUUCGGAAAGGAAUUAUCGAACCGAAUGAAGUUACGUAUGGGACGGUUAUUAACGGGCUUUGUAAAGGCGGGAAUACGAGUAUGGGUGUUAAGUUACUUAGGUUUAUGGAACAAAAAGGGUGUAUGCCUAGUAUACAUGUUUAUAGUAUGAUUAUCGAUAGUUUGUGUAAGGAUAGGAGAGUUGACGAUGCGUUAGGGUUAAAGACGGAAAUGAUUUCUAAACGAGUUUUUCCUAAUGCUGUAACGUAUAAUUCGUUGAUUUAUGGGUUGUGUUGUUUCGGGAGAUGGGAUGAUGCUAAGGAAAUGAUUGUGGAAAUGGAAUCUAGGAAGGUUAAGCCGGACGUGUGUACUUUUAAUAUACUUGUAGAUGCGUUUUGUAAAGAAGGGAUGGUUGAAGAUGCCGAGAGUGUGUUUUGUAUUAUGGUUGAUAGAGGCGAGCAACCGGAUGUCAUGACAUAUAGUGCUUUGAUCGAUGGGUAUUGUUUGCGGGGUCAGAUGAAAGAAGCUAUGGAAGUUUUUGAUAGUAUGAAAGAGAGUAAAGUCGAGCCUAAUGUUAUUAGUUUUAAUAGUUUAAUUAAUGGGUUUUGCAAAAGAGCGAAUGUAGAUUUGGCGAUGCAAGUAUAUAGGGAGAUGACUGAUAGGAAUCUGGAACCUACAGUUUCGACAUACACUACUCUAUUGUAUGGAUUGUUUAAGGUUGGGAGAUCGAGAGAUGGUUUAAAACUUUUUGAACAUAUGCAGUCUAUAGACCUGAGUUUGAAUUUUAUUACUUAUUCUGUCUUAUUGGAUGGACUGUGUAAAAACCGGCGGGUUAAUGAGGCUCUGACUUUGUUCCGUAUUAUAGUAAACGACGGGGAUGUACCUCCUAAUGUUGCAUUGUACACCGUCCUUAUUGACGGUUUCUGCAAGAAUGGGAAGCUUGGAAUUGCCAUUGACCUAUUCAGUGAACUUUGUUCAAGAGGUUUGUUGCCAAACAUUGUAACAUACAAUGCCAUGAGUAAUGGGUUGUGUAACGAGGGCCUGAUUGACGAAGCAAAAGAGCUUGUUAUAAAAAUGGAGAAGAAUGGUGUUUCUCCGAAUAGUGUCACUUAUAACAUCAUUCUUCAAGGAGUCAUUAAGUGGAAAAAAUCCAAAGAUGUAUUAUUACAUUUGAAGGAAAUGGAUGCAAGGGGUUACUCUGUUGACGCGUCUUCCUUUUACUUGCUACUGCACACAAUUCCAGCAAAAGAACUAAAACUUAAUUUUGCUGAUCUACUCCAAAAACUUGUGCCAAAGGACGUAUUGAAAUCCAAAACCCAACCUGGCGAAUAGUUACUUUUAUUUGUGAAAAGGUACAUGCAUCUUCUUUUUUGUAGCUGUUUAAAUAAUCUCUAGACUCUACAGGUCAAAAUUUUUGUGGUCUAUAUGUAUAUUUGUGAAAGUUAAUGACUUGUGCAUAUGAACUUCCUCUUAAUUUACGUUUAUACAUAAAUGAUACCCUUCCAUGUGAAUUGUGAUGGCCGAACAAGCUUGGAGAUUGUUAAGAUUUUUGGUCCAGGUUCAGGAAAUUGCUAAUAAGAGAUGGAUCUAUUAAGAGGGAUUACAUUUGGUUUAAUUUUGUAGCAGUAUAAGCUUUCUGAAACAGUGAAACUUUUGACAGUUGCAUAGUUAUCAAAUGAUUUAUAACACUAUUUCUCACAUAUUGAGGACUCCAUUGUGUCUUGGAGGGGGAGAUCAGAACACAUUAUUCAGCAACUCUCUUUUUUUAUGAAUCGAUCUAUCAAAAGGAAUAGUGAACCGUUGUGUGAUGUAAAGCUUUCUUGAAGUCUUCAUCUGGAUAUGACUUGGCCCAUUGGCAUGCAUACGCAGUGCAUCAGUCAUCCAGUCUAUAGCCCAACAAUAUGUCAGCUUCAUCCGCAGGAUCACUAAUUGAAAUGCUAUGGUGCUAGUUUGUUAUAAUUGGUCCUUUGUAGAACCACCAAACAUCAAAGGAUCUCCUUGGUGCGGAGGGUCACCAGUUGUAGCUCUGGAAAAUGGAUGCAAGGGGUUUCUCUGUUGACGCAUCUUUCUUUUACUUGCUACUGUAGAUGAUUCCAGCAAAAGAACUAAAAUUUAAUUUUGCUGAUCCAAAAACUUGUGCCAGAGGGCAUAUUGAAAUCCAGAACCCGACCCGGUGAAUAGUUACUGUUAUGUGAAAAGAUACAUGCAUCUUCUUUUUUUGUAAUUGUUUCAAUUAUGUCUAGACUCUUGAGGUCCGAUAUUUUGUAGUCUAUAUUUACAAGUGUCAAAGUUAAUGAGUUACGUA